AUGGCGACAUUACUACCUCCUCCAAGCAAAAAGCAAAAGCGUGAAGUUUCAGAAAGAGCUCGAGAACAGCAAGAAGUCGAUAUUCUACCGCGCGAUCUUGGUAGCGUUGUGCUGCAGUUCAUCGAUGAGUCCACUGGAAAACCGACCAAGGGCGAGAUUAAGGUCCCCGUUGCCAAUACCACAGUGCGAGAGCUUGAGACUAUUCUAAAUACCAUUUUGGAAAAUACGGAGCAUGACCGAGUGCCGUACAGAUUUGCAUAUAAGCCAGAGAACGAAGAGGGACAGACGAUCGACAUCCUAUCGGAUCUAUAUCAUGCGUUGAUCAAGCCCGGAUUGAAAACUACCGAAGAUGUCAUUCGCCUCCACUACACUCCGCAGGCUGUCUUCAGGGUAAAAGCCGUCUCGAGAUGUUCCGCAGCGAUAGCUGGACAUGGCUCAGCGAUACUGGCUAUCGCAUUUUCCCCAGUUUCAUCGUCGACUAUGGUCACUGGCAGCGGCGACAACACAGCUAGGAUUUUUGAUUGCGAUACAGGUACACCGAUAGAGACUUUGAAAGGCCAUACAGAUUGGGUUCUGGCCGUGUCCUUUUCUCCGAACGGUCAAAUAAUUGCGACUGGUAGCAAGGAUAAGACUGUGCGUCUCUGGUCUGCAUCCAAAGGCAAGCCAUUGGGGAUGCUCAAGGGCCAUAGCCGUUGGAUAAACAGUCUGUCAUGGGAGCCUUACCAUACACAAGAGGUAGGUAGACCACGACUAGCCUCUGCCUCUAAGGAUACAACAGUCCGGGUAUGGGAUGUUGUCAAUAAGAGAAUUGAAAUGGUUUUAAGCCAUAAAGAUUCGGUGACCUGUGUACGCUGGGGUGGAAUAGGAAAGAUUUACACCGCGUCUUUGGACAAGACAGUUCGUGUCUGGUCUGCCAAAGAUGGUACUCUGAUCACCGCACUUGGUGCUCAUACUCACAGAGUAAACCAUUUAGCGUUGUCGACCGAUUUUGUUCUCCGGACCGCUUUCCAUGACCAUACACAUACGGUGCCCGAGGCAGAAUCAGACAAGGUGGAAGUAGCCAAAAAGCGGUUUGAGAAAGCUGCUACUGUUGGUGGGAAAAUAACAGAGAGAUUAGUAUCAGCCAGCGAUGACUUUACAAUGUUUCUGUGGGAUCCGGAAAGUUCUACGAAACCAGUUGCACGAAUGCUAGGCCAUCAGAAAGCAGUAAAUCAUGUCACCUUCUCUCCUGAUGGAGCUUAUAUUGCAAGUGCCUCAUUUGAUAAUCACGUCAAGCUAUGGAACGCUCGAGACGGGAAAUUCACAAAUACCUUUCGCGGCCACGUAGCUCCGGUCUAUCAAUGCUGCUUUUCAGCUGAUUCUCGAUUACUGGUCAGCGCUUCGCAGGAUAGUACAUUGAAGAUUUUCGACGUUCGCACAGGGAAACUGGUGAUGGAUCUACCUGGGCAUGAGGACCAAGUUUUCGCUGUAGACUGGUCGCCGGACGGAGAACGAGUAGGCAGUGGAGGGGCCGACAAGAAAGUCAGGAUUUGGCGACAUUAA